AUGGGUAUUCCAUACUCCAGAGAAAUCAAUGCCGCUUUCGAGCAAGUGACGCCUUUGGUGGCCGCUGGCUUUGAGGUUCUGCAAACGACAAAGGAUAUUGCGAUCCUGCUCGCAUGCAUUCAAGUUCUCACCGUUGCAAUCUUGGCAUUAAUCCUGGUGUCUCUGUUCGGGUUAUUGUUAACAAUGAACCCGGACCUUGAGUACGAGAGACAACAGUUAGUCACACCCGCCUUACAAUACAUCUCUAGUUGGCUCCUUUCCUACGGUGCAUCUGCAAAAUGGCUGCUGAGGACUCUUUUGGUUGCCACAGCCAUAGGAUUUGUGGUGUUUUUUUGGUAUGGCUUCAUAGCUGGGUCGAGUGUCCCUGGGGAGGACGACAGGGAUGGGGCGGAGGAGGAAGGCGACGAGCCCGAGGAAGAAACGAAGGGAAAGGGUAACGGCAAGGAUAAACACAAAGGGCAGGAGAAAAGGAGAGGGAAUGGUAAAGACAAAGAAAACGAAAAGGGGAAAUAG